GCGGCCACCUAGCAAUGUUUCGUGGGACUUGCAAAACUACGAGUUUUUCUGCAAACUAUGAGUUCAGCAGCGCAAGUAUUAAGACAAGCAGAAGCUCUCAAAGCAAGUGUAUCAGAUUCAAACAAAGGUAUAUCAGAAACAUGGGUGGCCAGACAGAGGUUGGAAGAUCUGUACAAGAAACUGCUGUUGAUGGACUUGGAGUAUGCUCUUGAUAAGAAAGUAGAGCAAGACCUAUGGAACCAUGCUUUUAAAAAUCACAUCAACAGUUUACAGUCACAAACUAAAGACAAACAGAACCCAAAGAGAGGGGAGACCCAAGCUACACUGAACCUUUUCCUGGAGACAGCCAGUGGUUUUUACUUACAGUUGCUGCAGCUGGUAUGCACCACCUUCAAACUGGAUCUCCCUUUCAGGAGAAAAUCUUCAUGCUUCGGCAUUUUGAAAGAGAAAAUUCCUUUGAAAGUGAAGAUAACUCCACCAAAAAAGAGUUCUUGUCUGUACAUUUGUCAACACUGCCUGGUUCACCUGGGAGACAUCGCUCGUUAUCGACAACAGAUCGAGCAGGCCCAAACCUACUAUUGGCAUGCUGCCAACCUUCUGCCUUUCAAUGGUCAGCCUUACAACCAGCUGGCUAUAGUGGAAGCGGCCUAUGGGAACAAGCUUUCCACUGUGUUCUACUACAUUCGCAGUCUUGCUGUCAGGCACCCCUUUCCUGUGGCUGCUACGAACCUGGAGAAACUUUACAACAAACUGGCCAAAGAUCCUUGUGAAUUGAAAGGGAAGUUGUCUGUUAGUGAAAUGAUCACUGCUUUCCUGCAGUUCCAGGCAUUCAUUCACAUGUGUGUAGAGCUUCAGAGAGCGGAACUACUGAGUGAAAAGUUAGUAGCGGCUCUCCCAGCACACGUGACAUCACAGAGUUUUCCGUCUGGUAUUCUAGUGCAGAUCAUUGCCAUCAACAUCUUUGCAAUGCAGCAUGCCCGGCGACAGUUGUCAUCCGACACAGAGGACCUAAGUAAUGGACACCUAGAUGAAAACUUGACUGUGGAUGAAGAGACAUCAUUUCAACUGAUGUUCAAAUUUACAAUACUGGUGCUUGAUGUACUGCUGCAGUAUACCCCAAAACAAGAACAGAAGCUGCGUGAUUUCUUCACUUUGCCUGCCGUAAAACUUUUGUUAGACUGGUUCAAACUCAACCCAGAACACCUGUAUAAUCCUGUCCUGAAAACAUCCAGUUUAUGGGUGAACUUAUGUAAAGUUCUGAACAACAUCCGGCCACCAUCGGCUCCCAAGGAUGGCAAACAUGACAUCGGUAAAUACGAAGAUUUGCCCCUUACUGAGGAUGCAGAACUUCGAUGUUUUCAGCCACUGGAAAAGGCUCACAGUGGGUUUAGCUUUAGUCGAGUGCCAAGCGAAGGCUUACCGUCGGAAGUGGAGUCUCAGCUACGCUGUCGCCGACUGCUAGCUCAUGGACAUUGGAUUGCAGAGGAAUAUCCAGGAUUGAACCUCAUGAAUAUUCAAGCUAAUAGAAUAGGAAAAGUGCAGUUCACAGCUCCAUCAGCACCGGUCAAGGUCGUUACUGCUCCAUCAGCCCCGGUCAAGGUCGUUACUGCUCCAUCAGCCCCGGUCAAGGUCGUUACGGCUCCAUCUGCCCCGGUCAAGGUCGUCACUGCUCCUUCAAAGGUUAUUGGUACAACAUCUGCACCAGUGAAGGUCAUGUCACCGUCUGUGCUUGUAAAGACUGGAACGACAGCUGCUGAAUCACAAACAUUUCAAUCUAGUCCAGAGAGAAAGCCUGUUCGACAAAAUGUUGCUAUACAGGCCAUUAUUCAGAAGCAGAGCCAGACCAGUAAAGACCAAAGCGGUGGGGAGAAAGUGGUGACAAAGAUACAACAGCCUGCAGAUAAGGUGAAGGCUGUAGAGAGUGUUGGUGGCAAGUUGUGCUCCCCCAAGUAUAUACUAGGGGUUCCAACCAGUGAACCACUGUUUAUGAAACCCAGUGGAGGCCGGCCAUCUACUGGGGGCCCAACAGGAACAGGGAGACCCCCUACACAGACACCACCUCGUCUACAGAAACAACAUCAGCUACAACUUGCUCAGCAGCAGAUGCAGACUCAUUUAGAGGAGGAAGAAGAAAUGGAUGAGGAGGAAAAAAUGUCAUGGCAACCCUUACCUGAACACCAGAAGACUUCCCAGGAACAAACAGGCAAGCAAACUAAGGUCGGUUGGCAACUGACCUCUCAGCAAUCUGCAAUGGAAGCCUCACCUCAGCUGCUGACCACACAACAGACAGCUGGAUAUCCACUGGUACAGACAGAUUCACAGUUUUCUCCAAACACACCAGCAGUGUCACCAGGACAACAGGCGGUGUCGCCUCUCCAGCAUCCAAGGAUGGCAUCACCUCACCCUGCCCAGUCCCCCAAACCUGUCAUGAUUCUUCAGCCAGACUUCAGGUCUUCACCUCGGAAGCCUGUCAACCCACAACAGGAGGAUCGUCAGCAACAGCUGCAACAGCCACAGCAACAGAAUCAUUCAACAUCCUCCCCAUCCAGUGAAUUUGACAUAAUGGGUUACACCCAACACAUUGCCAGUCAGGAGGGAGGACCUGUUCGAGGAGGGAGUUAUGAUCCUAGCAUGGUUUAUAGGACGUCAGGACCUGGCCAACCCAAUACUUUUCAGCAAGACCGUUCCUCACUCCAGGGACAAAUUCAAGGUCAAGGUCAUGAUGGAGCAAGUGAGAAUAUGGAUGUGCGAGUCUCACAGCACCAGAGACAUACAAGAUCACAUCCUGCUGGAAUUAUAGAUCCAAACAUGCCCUAUGUAAAUUCCCCUUCUGGAGCCUCAAUGACAGGUGAUCAAGGAAACAAUGCAAGGCCUCCUUCUCAGCAGGGAAGUCAAGUGGGUAACCAAUUUUCCCGAAGUCAUCCUCCACCGAAUAUGAAUAUGUACUAUGGGCAACAGAGCAACAUACAGAGGCCAGUACAGGGUAGUCACAUGAAUCCUACUUCUGGCUCUGGUGCUGACCGUAUUCCUGGAGCAGGAGGACCACCCAAGAUAAACCAUAUAAACUACUCUUCUAGUCCUGGUGCCGACCAUGUGCCUCAAGGAGGGGGUCAAGAGAUUGGAGUUAGUGGAAUGGAUAACAUGGGAGGAGGGCAGGCUUUUCAAGGCCAAUCAAAUCGGUCGUUAAUCCCAGGUCCAAUAGCCACACAUCCACAGCAACAUAGACCACCACCCCAGCAAAAUCAUCUUCAGCCUGGUCCGUCAUCUCAAAAGAGUCAGCCAUUGAGAGGACCUUUACAACCUCAGCUGAGGGGGCCACCUCCACCGCAGAAUCAGCAACAACGUGGGCCACCUCCACAGCACAAUCAACAACAACGUGGCCCGCCUACUCAACAGAAUCAGCAACAACGUGGACCGCCUCCACAACACAACCAGCAACAACGAGGGCCGCCUCCACAACACAACCAGCAACAACGAGGGCCACCUCCACAACACAACCAGCAACAACGAGGGCCCCCUCCUCAACACAACCAGCAACAACGAGGGCCCCCUCCUCAACACACUCAACAAAUGAGAGGGCAUCUUCUACCGACACAUCCAUCCCAUAGUCAAAGUUCUGCUAAUAUCCAGGGUCAACCCCACCCAUCUCAUCCUCAGCCCCAGCAGCCCCAUCCUCAAUCCCACUCUCAUCCCCACCAGCCCCACCCUCAUCAGCAAACUCAGCAAGGUGUCAACCCAUCAUACCAGGGGCCGAUGUUUAAUCCUAUUAACUUCUUAGCAGGAAUCAGUCGCUUUAACCUUGGUAAUCAAAACUUCGGCAACAUGGAAGGACUAGACCUGAUGAGACAAAAUCUAAAGAAAGAGGAUCUCCCUCCCAAUGCUGCUGAUAUCCUUGGGGCCCUGUCACUACUGGCUGUACAGCCCCCUAGAGGUAUGCAAGACACGCUGAUGGUACCAAACAGACAUACAUCUUUCCAAGGUCAUGCAGAGGGUACACCAAAGCCUGAUUCUUCUUCCCCGCCAUGUAGAAGUCCUUUAUUGACUCCGGAGAUGGAGCCUCGGCCCUCUAGUCAGGUGACAAUGCCAAGCUCCACCUCUCAACAGCUGGGUACAUACACACUGUUCAGCAGUUCACCUUGGUCUGUUCCCUUGUCGACAGCAGACACAAAAAGUCUGGCGUCUUCUCCUUUUUCCUCGGAGUCAAACAGCAUGAGGAACUCUCCUGAUCCAGCGCUGGAUAUGGAAAGCAAGUCUGCGAGUCAUGGUUUUGAGAUGGGACUCCGGUUUGGACCCAAUGAGGACCAUAACAGGAGGGAAAAGAUGGGACAACCCAUACCACAUCCCGAGGUGCCACCCCCACAGGAACAGGGUGGUCCAGGUCCUUUCUUCCCAAGUACCUUCCAGUCUAUAUGGUCUUCAGGAAACUCAGCUGGCCAGUCACCACUGGAGCGUCUUCUGGAGAAACAAAAGCGCAGACAAAAUGACCCGCAUUGAAGGGAGACUGCAGCCAGGGAUAGACAUCUCGGAAUUUCUCCUAGGCCAGUACACAACAUGUGUCUAAUGGCUAUAUUUACACCUGAUGACACUAGAUGUCAAUAGCAGUAAUGUACACACAAUGUGGCAACAACAGAUAGGAUGACACAGUAGGAUGACACAAUGUGUCAACAGCAGAUAGGAUGACAGAAUGUGUCAACAGCAGAUCGCAGAAACCACAUUUUCAUUGUGUCAGUUGAGAAUAUGAUGUUUCGACUGAAGAGACAAUGACCUGCCAGCAAUAGACAUAGGGAUGUAAACAAAGAUGUCGUUGCCUAGGUAACCUAUGAGGGAGUGUCAUAAUUAGUUGUCACUUGGCUAAAGUAUGAAGGUGUCCCAGUAAGUCAUCACUGAGGUAACAUAUGAGGGAGUGUCCCAGUUACUGUUGCACAAGAUCCUGUUGUAUCUAUAUGUGUCACUGCAUGCAAAAAAAGCAUUGAAAACAUGACUGCAGUACUUCGGCAGAGACUGGCAUCAUGACCAUGUCAUCAGGACAGUACAGUGAUAGCCACAAUUUACAGAGCAAUGUAAAAAAACUCUGUAUGAGAUCUGUUGAGCAGACAGUUGAGUGAUAUCUGCGAUUUACAGGUCAAAACACUGUAUAUAACAUGGGCGAAAUGUGAUAAACAGUUUUUAGCUUGCACUCAUGCUAUUUUUGCACAAAUUGUGAAUUGUACAUAAAUUAUAGGACAAAUUAUGUCCCCAUUUAUUCAAGGUUAAUCCUUAUUCUUUGUUUGUACAUCAUAGACAUUCUGCUUCCAAAAGGCAUGCCAUCACUUGGGUUACUACAAUGAUGCAUCGCAUAUCAUGGUGUCACAUGUUGUGUGACUGAUCGUCAGAUUAAGUCAGUGAUAUUUGUAGGUUGGAAGCUGUGGAUAUUUCCAUCUGAAGUUUUGUGCUAUAGAUGUCUCCAAGAUGUAAACACCAUCAGUAAGUUAGACCACUUGUGAAUUGCAUAUAUAUAUAUGGUACAUCAUCCUAUCAUGUGACUAAAGGUGACUAGAUAAUGUAAUUGUUAGUCAUAUCAGGUGACUUUUGUCAUACAAGCAUGUUAACAGAUAAUGGUAGCUUUUGUUUUAUCCUGUUACUUUUCUCAUAUUACGUGACUGUUGUCACAAUCUGAGAUUGUCAUGUGUCGUAUUGACAGGUAAUUGAUUUGCUAAACAUUUGUUUGUUUACUAUUCUGAACAGACAGAUGUUUACAUAUGUCAACAGAUGAAUGUUUACCUGUCUGAAGGACUACAUUGUGAACAGACAGAUGUUAACAUGUCAACACAUGAAUGUUUACCUGUCUAAACAACCACAUUGUGAACAGACAGAUGUUUACAUGUCAACAGAUGAAUGUUUACCUGUCUGAAGGACUACAUUGUGAACAGACAGAUGUUUACAUGUCAACAGAUGAAUGUUUACCUGUCUGAAGGACUACAUUGUGAACAGACAGAUGUUUACAUGUCAACAGAUGAAUGUUUACCUGUCUGAAGGACUACAUUGUGAACAGAUGUUUACAUGUCAACAGAUGAAUGUUUACCUGUCUGAAGGACUACAUUGUGAACAGACAGAUGUUUACAUGUCAACAGAUGAAUGUUUACCUGUCUGAAGGACUACAUUGUGAACAGACAGAUGUUUACAUGU